CAGACUUUAACAUCCCUCAAAAGUAGGUCAUUUUUACCGGUUACCGUUUAUAAUUUCAUCUAUAAAUUUUAGUGGAAUUAGCGCUUAAGUUACACACGAACGCAAUAUUACGAAAUUUUAAGUAUUUAGUUUUAGUGAACUUUAUUCAAUAACGUUUAUUGAUAUAUUUUAUGAGUAUGGAUUUAUUUCUAUCUAAUUAUGAUAACAAUCUAAAUAUUAGCAGCUCUGAAGAAACUAGCUCCGAUGAAAGUGAAAGUUUACCAGAAAACAUUAUAGUUGCAAGUACUCAAGAAAUUACCUCUUUAUUUGCUCAUUGAAUUAAUAGUGCUGAUAAAUCAAAGCUGGUUUAUCAUUGUAAAUCUCAUGAAGAAGCUCUUCAAUGUGUAAAAAAGUAUGAGAUAGCGGCAACAACAAGAUUCGUAGUGUUUAAGGCAAAUAAAAAUUUUGGAAUGACUGAAAUGAUUACAAAAAGUCAUUCUAUACUUUGGGGAGAUUUUGCUGUUCCUUAUUCUGGGUUGCCUUACAUAGUUGUUGCAAGCAAAGUUUUCGAUUGUCAUUAUGGAUUUGACAGAAAUAUUUCAUCAAAAAAGAGUUAUCAACUAAAAAAACAAAAACUUAAUAUAGAUGAUCACUGCUUUCAAAAGAAUUAUAUUAUUUUACAAGACACUAAAAAAUUCAUGUGCCCUGCUAAAGUUAAUAUGAGAGAAAUAAUACAUUUUCCUGAUUUUAAGAUAUCAGAGAGGUCUGUAUGGCGCCAAAAGAAUGCAUCUAAACUUUUGAGGGAGAAAAUAAAAACUUCUGCAUUAAAUGAAAUUAAUCAUAUGCAAACAAUUGUAGUUGCUAUCGACAAUUUAUCAUGUCAUGAUAAUCAUCUUGUAGGAUCGGCUGAAUUGAUUUCUCAAAAAAUUGAUCCUGAAAUUUCUAAAAAAAUUGAAGAAUAUGUAAUGGAGGGAAUAUUCAAUGUAAGAGAAAUGAAAAGGCUCCUUCGAAUUGCUGUAAAGGGUAUAUUUGAAAAAGAAAAUCUUCCUCCACCAAAUAAUAGAAGGUUUUUCCCCCGUGUUACAACUAUAAGAUCACAUAUAGUCAAAAUUAAACAAAAGCUAAGGUAUUCUAUGAUUGAUCAAGAAUGUCUUUUAAAGAAAUGUGAUGAAUGGAAAAAAAGGGAUUCUUCUAUAAAGGUGUUUCUGAGACCAAAAGCUGAAAUUACAAACAGUAUCUGUGAAACUAUGUAUUCCUUUUUAUUUGUAUAUCAAUCACUUUGGCAACAAGAACUUCUUUUACGGUAUGGAAAUGAGAUACUGCUUCUUGAUGCCACUUACCGAACUACGAGAUAUUCUCUUCCCUUAUUUUUUUUAGCGAUAAAAACAAAUGUAGAUAAUCAAGUUGUUGCCACUUUUGUAAUCGAAAAUGAAACUAAAAAGGCUAUCACUGAAGCAUUAAAUAUAAUAAAACAAUGGAAUGCAUUGUUAAAUCCUACUUUUUGUAUGACUGAUUAUUGCAACGAAGAAAUAGAGUCAUUAGAAGCUAUUUUUUCAGAUUGUCGAGUCCUCGUAUGUGAUUUUCAUAGAGAGCAGGCAUGAGAUCGUUGGUUGUCAAAGACUACAAAUGGAUGCUCUGAUUUUAAAGGAAGUAUAAUUUCAUUGUUGCGCUGUGUAGCUAGAGCACAAGCUCAAGAAGAGGUAGAAGCAGCUAUUGAGUUACUAAGUUCAUCCAAGUUUUGGUUGGAUUACAAGUUUAACAGAUUUAAAAAAUAUAUAACUAAUUAUUGGUUAAGUAUUAAAGAAAAAUGGAUAUGGGCUUAUCGUCGCGAUCGAUUGUUGGUUAGUUUAAAUACUAACAAUGGGGUGGAAAGACAAAAUGAAUCCUUUAAAUAUUCUUAUUUGCAACAGCAUAAAAAUUCAUCUAUUACUGGUAUGCUAACCCUAUUAAUUGAAGAAUUUUUUCCAGACAAAUUUGAACAAUAUUCAGAAUCCAAUUUCAAAAUUAGUUGUCAGUACAGACGUUAUAGUAUGAAUGUACCUCAUUUUUUACAUAAUAAGCCACAUCAUUUUGUUAAACAUUGUUUACAGAAACAUAAUUUAGCUAGUAAUGCUGACCUAAAUGAAUUAAUUUUAGUAGACCAUGGAAUAUUUGAAGUAAAAAGUUUCUCAGAUGAAAGUAAAAGUUACAUUGUCAAUUUUGGCGAUGAAAACAACAUGCCAAAAUGUACUUGCAAUGAUUGGUUAAAAUCAGCUUAUCUUUGCAAACACUUUUUUUUGAUAUUUAGAAAACAUCCACAUAAUUGGUCAUGGCAAUCUUUAUCUUCUUUAUAUAGGGAAUCCCCAUUUCUAAAUAUUGACAUUAAAAAUGACUUGACAUUAAAUCAAUCAAUUGUUUGUAAAUGCAACCAUGCAAAUAAACAUGUUCAAGAAUAUACUAAAGCUUCUAUUGUUAAUUUCUCAGAUACAGUAUCUUUAAAACUCUCUGACAAAAGUAUUCAAAAAAAGGUUUCGAUGGCAUCUGAAGUAAGUGAAAUGCUUACCACUAUUAAAAAUUUAACUUAUGAUUUUGAUGAAACAUCUGGAGAAAUUUCUGACUUACAUGAAAAUUUAUCAAACAUUCUUAAUGCCCUUUAUCAUGCAAGAAAAAAAGAAAAAGGUCUACCUGUUCGAACAGAAAAUAUGGAUGAUUAUGUACACAAUAAGAAAUGAAAUUAAUUGAAAUACCUGGUAUUAAAAAAAAAAAAAUGUUCAAAUCGGGUUGGAAAAAAAAAAAGAUAUGUCACUCUCAUCAUGUAAUAUUAAGAUUAAUAGUGUUGCUCCAGAAGUAUCGAUACAAGAAUGUAUUAUUACUGAUGAUCAAAUAACAGGUGAAACAUCUUUU